CACAUCUCAAACAAACUUGGUUCAAAUCGGACUUAUUCAGAUUGGUAUGAAAAACACAUCUGUAGAUCGAAUUAUUUCAGCUGGUCUGCGUAGUCUUGCUUCUCCCACAAAAUCAAUACUGACAGUGGUGUUCAGAGUAGUACAAGAACUGUGUGUUGUAUUGAUCAUAUCUGACUAUUAAAAGCGAAUGGAAAUUGGUGGACUUAGAAUCCUGAGGCGAUAGUUGGAAGGUCGGCAUAAUAUGAGAAAACGAGCCCGACAGGUGCAACAAUGUCUCUGUGGAUUUACAGUUGCUGUAACCAUCGUUAUUGUCACCAAUUCGUAUUUAAUAUUUGAUAUGGAAGAAUCAACACGAUCUAGUGCUUUUCGUGCUUACAACUCCACAGUCGUGCCAAAGAAGGAGUCGUUGAUUUGUUCUACAUGUCAUUAUCAUCAUGGUCCGAAACGAUUAGUAACAGACGUCGAUUGUCUGCGGAUAAUAGAAGGUGAUGAAAAAUAUAUACAAAGUGCCAAAAAUAUAAUGGACGGCAAAAAAUUUGCAUUUAAAAGUGAUGCAGAAAUGGGAGAUGUAGCUGAAAACUGUGAAACGUUUCUAAAAAAAUAUGAUUACGGAAACUUUAAAGUGACCAAGGAGGAAUUGUCUUUUCCUAUAGCGUAUAGUAUAUUAACCUACAAAGAGGCCAUGCAAACUGAACAACUCCUUCGAUCAAUUUAUAGACCUCAUAAUGUGUACUGUAUUCAUAUAGACAAAAAAGCACAUCCUUCGUUACAUCGAGCAAUAAAAAAUAUUGGAAAUUGUCUUCAAAAUGUGUUCAUCGCCUCGAAAUUAGAGGAAGUUAUAUAUGCAGGAUUUUCCCGCCUACAGGCGGAUUUAAACUGCAUGUCAGAUUUGUUAAAUUUUCGUAAUGUUUCGUGGAAGUACUUAAUUAAUAUUCCACACCAGCAAUAUCCAUUAAAGACAAAUGCAGAGUUGGUUAAAAUUUUAAAACUAUACAAUGGUGCUAAUGACAUCGAAGGCAUAACGACUCCAGGGAGAAUGUACAGAUCACGUUAUCUUUCUUCUUUCAAAUUAGAAAACAAUAAAAUUGUAAAUACUGGGAGGAAAAAGGAGCCGCCGCCACACGGUAUCAAAGUGGUGAAAGGAAGCGCGUACGGAGUGUUCAGCAGGGAUUUUAUCAACUUUGCACUACACGAUAAAAUGGCAAAAGAUGUUUUAAAAUGGUGCGAGGAUGUUAAAAGUCCCGAUGAAUACUUUUGGGCCACAUUGAAUUUUAACAAGGUUGUAAAUGCUCCUGGAGGUUACUACGAUGUGCCCGACAAGAAGCCAUGGUUGGCGGUGUACGCAGCUUGGGGUGGAGUGAAUCCCUGUCAUGGGAAGUUUAUUAGGGGAGUGUGUGUGUUUGGAAUAGGAGAUCUGACCGAGCUCGUUUCCAAAAGAGAGCUAUUUGUGAACAAACUUUACUACAACUAUCAACCCUAUGCUCUUCAGUGUUUAGAAGAAUGGCAUGUAAACAAAACCUUUAGCAACUUGCCAUUUGAAACUCAUUAUUAUAAAACUUUACCCUUUAUUAUUAAAAUGUCUUAACUCUGA